AUGUCCCUCCUUGCCGCCGCCCGACGCGCUCCUCGCGCCGUGCACGCCCUGCGCGUGGCGCGACGAAACCUGGGCGAUAGCGUCGCCGGCCCUGGCUUCUCCGACUUCGGGGCCAACGCGAAGCACGCGAUGAACUUCUUCACCAAGCCAGCCAUGUCCUACCCGGAGUUCAAGCAGCAGUGCGUGUCCCUGCGCACCUUUGCCUUCGCCGGCGUGUGCGGCUACUGCGUGCUGUCGCUGAUGCUGAGCCCCCCGAAGUCCUCCUACUGGAUCAGGUACUCUCCCAUGUACGCCCUGUCCUACAUCAAGGAGACCGUCGUCGGCGCCCCACCGCCUCUUUUCUUGAGCGAGAAGGUGGAGUAUGAGACCAAUGUUCCAGAGGUCGCGAAGGAGCUGAUCACCACACGACGCCUGCUCAAGGGGGGCAGUGACAGCGAAGAGGAGCACUGA